ACUGAUGACAAUGAUGUUUUUUAUUAAACAUUGAUUUUUGAAUUGUUUUAAGGUUUUCAAUCAUAAAUUAUUAGACUGUUUCUAUAAUUCGAAAAGUUGGGCGUACACAAAAAUUCAAAAUGGCGAACAUAAGUUCGCUUCUUACCAUUGCGCUUCUAUAUUUUAUAGAGCAAGGGCUAGGAGCAAAAUUGUCUGAAGAAGAAUGUCGCAGUCUAGGCUUCACACCCAAUCUAGUAUGCACAUCAUGUAAUCUCCUUGACGAACACAAUCUAGCAGCAUUAAAAGAUGAUUGUAGACGAUGUUGUCAAGAUGAUGCAGGCGCGGAAGAAGCAUUAAAGGUUUAUCCCUAUGCAGAGCUGCGUGUUUGCGGAUGAAAAUUGGGGAGGUAUCCUCAGGUGCAGGCCUUCGUCAAGAGCGACAGGCCGCAACAGUUUCCGGGUCUCGAGGUGAAAUACGUUCGAGGCGCGGACCCUGAGAUAUACCUCCUGGAUGAGGACAAAAAUGUAAAGGAGACGCUUGGAAUUGAGAAGUGGAACACCGACUCUGUAGAACAGUUUUUCCAUGAGAGGUUGAAAAAGUAGAGAAGUGUGUGGAUGCGUUUGUGUGGGACAUUUUGCAUUGAGAAGUUGUAUGGAUGUGAGAAUAAGUGCAGACUUGUUUGUGAGAGUCAUGUAUUGUUAUGCAUAUUUGUGAGUUAUUUAUACUGCUACAAUAAUACAAAAAAUGUAGUUUGGAAUUUGGGAACAUGUGUCUUCUCCUAGUUUUAAUUCAUGAUUUUCUAACAUAGUAAUAGUCAAUUUAUUAAAGCUUGUAUAGAAUCUAAAGGAAAUUAAUACAAUGUCAGAAUAUGAAUUUUAUUCAUAAAGUGUAAUAAGCUCAUGCAUGAACAUGUGUGUUUCUUUUGUCUACAUUUUAACUCUUAUUACAUGCAUGUAGUCAUCAUUUUCUGGCAAAUCUUUAAUCUAUUUCCUGACAUUGUUGCAGAAUAAACAGUUAAUAAAAGAUGUUCAAAAAGUACAGCUUGUGAAUAGCAAUUGUGUGAGGUUUUCUUUGAUGUAAGCAUACAUCUUUAAAUAAAUAUAUAAUUUGUUUUUAGUCAUCCUUUUCAUUCAAAGUUACAAAUAUCAUAAUGCAAUGCAUACAAUGCAAUUACUUGAAUAAGUUAAUUUCGUGGUAUGGUAAAGUUAAAUGUUAAUGUUGCUUAAGUUAAGUUUGGAAAAACUACCAUGUGGUUCUGGUAACAAAUUGAGGAAAUGUAGUUUGACACAUUGUUCAUUGCUGUGUUUUAACUGAUGAAAUCCAGAUAUUUACAUUUUUUGUUCACAUAGUCUUUAAUACUCUUUAUUUUUAUGUUUGAAUUAUUUAAGCAUAAAAACACGUUUCGUAUCAUGCUGAAAGUGAGUUUGUAUUGAUGUGCUUAUGACCUCAAUUAUUGCUUAUUAUGAUGUAAUUGUUAGGCAAUUGUGAUGGGAAAAGAAUUAUCUUUGUUUUUAACUAUUAAAAUAAACUCUUUCAAUAAUUUCCAACUUUAUUCUUCAACCACUAAGCAUUGAUGUCAGCAUUAUCCAAUUAUGUUCUUAAUGACAGUUUUACUUUAAACCUAUUGGCUUGUAAAAUUGGAGGGAGUGAAUAUGAUUGGAUGAUUCAAAUGAGCAUUAGUUUGGUUAUUGAAGAAUAUUGAUGUAGAUACUGAAAUAGUUUAUUUUUAGUCAGAAAAUUGUAAUUGAUGCCAUUACGAGAAUAAAAAAAUACAAACAGCA